ACUCAAGCCCUCCGCCGUUCACAACCAUGAAUUAAAGUGUACAGUUGAAGCCUUUCUUUCUUGCGCUGCCAAGUGACUGAAAGAGCUCAGACCCAGGGUUAGGGCAAUAGCCCAUCAGUCACACUUCAAGAUGCCGUCAGCCGGAAUCGUGUACGAAGGGGCCUUGGCCAAUCAGACUCCGGAUGGGAACAACAACCAAACUCCAUCCGAGGGCACUCUCUUCAAGGGACUCAAGUUUUGGAUCUCCCUAAAAGUGCCAGCUCGCCAGUCCUUAGUUGAGUCAGUCAAGGCCCAUGGAGGGAAAAAGGUAGAACUGGAAAAGAAUGCAGAUAUUCUCAUUGCAGACCAUGCCAAGAAAAAUCUUGCCCCUGCUGGCUCUCUAUCUUGGAAGUACAUCACAGAUUCCAUCAAUGAGGGUCAGCUGGCCGACAGAGACCUUUACACAAUCGACCAUGCCACUGCCAAGGGAGUGCGUCCUGGCGGCUCAGCCACGUCUACCAAGAGCACCCGGACCCCUUAUACACCACAGGACGACAACCUCCUGAUUCAUUGGGUCUUGGAGAAGGAGAGGUCAGGCGCCUAUAUCCGCGGCAACCAGAUCUAUAUCGACCUUGCCGAAAAGUACCCCCGACACACAUGGCAGUCAUGGAAAGAUCGCUUCAAGAAGCAAUACGAUCAUCAACACAGGCACGGUCUAGCUGAACUGCUUCCUCAUAACUAUCAGCCGCCACCACCACCAGAUCAAGCCCCUGCACCCGUCCGCAAAGAGGAGAAUGUCAGACCCGGCACGCCUCCCGCAACAACUAGCACAGUACACACACCAGCCCCAGACCGCUCACAGGCUGUGUCUGCACCCGCCACCGGCAGAGUCACCUUCACCCAAGACGAUGACCAGGAUUUCAUCGGAUACCUCAAGCAGAUGAAACGGCAAGGAGAAAGCUUACAGGGGAACCUCAUCUACAAAGUGUUCGCGGAGCAACACCCACGUCACAGUUGGCAGUCUUGGCGAAACAGAUGGGUUGAAACCCUACAGGCUACAACGAACCUGGACGAAGAUGAUCUUGCCGCCCCGAAUCCUCCUGAGCCCAGCCUUCCUAGGCCAACUCCAAGGGCUACCGUUCACCCCCAAGUAAAGGCGACGCCUCAGAGUGCUGAUCAAGCCGCGCCUAAGAGGCGAAUUUCAGCAGCUGUGCAUAGAACGCGUCAGGAUGUCCCCACAAAGAGCUGGAGCUCACCCAUGGGCCCUGUAAAAGCUACAAUAACAAGCUCUGCACACAAACACUCCCCGCCUCGCUCGACACCUUCGCGGCUCGAAGAAAUAAACAAGCGAGCUCGCUUGGUUCAUGGAGAAAAGAAGAAGAUUAAGAGUGCUUCUAUCAUUCAACGAGCCUGGCGAUCUUACCAGGCCCGGAAACAAGACCCCGAGCGGCAAAGUUUAAUCAUGUUCCAGGCUCUUGCACAGGGUGCUUUGGUCCGAUGGGCUUGUGCACCUGCCUUUGAGUCCCAGUCUCAGCAGUAUAGUGAGGAUGAAGGGUCCGUUGAUCUCGGACACCCACUUGAAGAGGGAGUUUCGGUGCCCACACAAACACCGAGAGAGCAGUUCUACGUAUAUCUCAACCGGUAUAAAGAGGCCAUUGAGGCCAAUCCAGUCACUUGGGUAACAAUUGGGGGUAAAGCUGUUGACAUGUGGGAUCUAUGGACGGCGGUUACGGAACAGGACGUGCCUGCCAAUGCACGGGACUGGCAAGAGAUUGCUGAACUGCUGGACUUUGACUGGAUCGCCGAGCCAGAUGUUCCCAACCAGCUACAAACAGCAUUCCAGGAACACCUUGCUGAAUUCGAAAACUACUACAAGGAGUUUCAGGAAGCCCAAUCAUUUGAGCUCAAUCAAGGGACAGACGAGGAUAGCGAGGAAGAAGAAGAAGAAGAAGAAGAAGAAGAAGAAGAAGAAGAAGAAGAAGAAGAAGAAGAAGAAGAAGAGAGUGAAGAGGUGGACAAUGACAAAAUUGAGGCGGAAGAAGAGGAGGAUGAUGCUAAUGAAGCAGAAGACACUACCCUACGUCAAGACCCCAAUACCACCGAGUUUAGGUCCUCUCCACCCAUUCCCAUCAUAGGGGCCCUCAAAUCUUCAGGGGCUUUGAAGAGGAACUCUGAUCAGAUGAUGACCUCCCCGCUGGACAGAAUGACAAGUAAGCGACCACGAUACGAUGUGGAGGACGAGGUCCCAGAAUCGCCGCCUAAGAGAUGGCAAUCUCCGCUCCCACCAAUUCUGGAAGCAACCUCCAGGCCAGAACUGGCUGCCGAUGUCGCUCUGAUCAACAAAGACAACGAGGACGAUGCUGCUGACGAUAUGCCCAUCCUUGGAGAUGAUGGGGAAGACGAUGGAGUGGAUGAGUACAGGGAGGAGGAUGAAGACCCGUUCAUCACACAGCCACAACAACCCUGGCAGCCCACAGUGGAAGAGGCUUCGUCCCUACGAUCUUCUUCAGCCUUUAGAUCGCAAGAGCUUUCAUCAGCGCAGAAAAAAUCUGCUACUCAACCAAACUCAAAGACACAGGCCCAAUAUAUCUCCUCUGACUCGGAUUCCAAUUCAAGCAGCGACGCCUUCGGCCCGCCUAUCGACUCUCCUCGGCCUCCUCCCGAGCAAAGACGCUCUCCCAUUCCUGUUUCUGUCCCUCGCCCCUCCAUAGAAAUCCCAACAGCUCGCAGACAACUUCCCCCAAGAGAUACCGCACCUGCCUCUCGUAGCCCCCCACCUCGCUUCCGUAUUCCCCCCGAUCCCUACGCCGCAGACGACGAAGGCAGCAGCAACCUGCGCCGUACAUCACCACGCCAAAUCCAACACCAGGCACAACCACAAGCAUCCUCUCAUGCCCCUCCCCGACCCUCUGCUUCACGAUCCUCCCUCGCAGCCCCCGCCGGCCAUCAAGACCGCCACCAAAAACCACAUCCGCAAUCCACAGCCCCACCAAAACCAUCACCUCACACCGGCCGGGACCUAGGUGACGGCAUUGCCUCGGAAGAUCCCUUAGCCAUCAUCAACCGCUACCUCGCCCGUGGCUACAAGCAGCGGCACUGCAUCCGGGGCAUGCGGGCGACAACGCACGAUCCUCUUGUGGCCGGUAGGGCAAUCGAUGCGUUGGAGUCCGGAGGGGGGUUGCCGGAUAAUGUGCCGGGGAUUUGGACAGAGAUUGACGAUGACGGGUUGCGAUUGCUUGAGAGGUGGGAGAGGAGGAUGAAGAAGGGGAAGAAGAUGGAUGAGGAGGCGAAAGAGGUGGAGAAGAGAUUGUUGGAGAAGCAUGGACGCAAGAGGAUGAAGUUGCGAAUGGAUUUCUUCAAAGAGUUGGAUGGGUUGGGUAAAUCGAGAAGGAAAGAUGAUAGUCGGUACUUGAUAUGAGCUUAUUUGAUGGUGUUGUUGUUGUUGUUGGAUUACCCAGGUUGCUAGGAGUUAUGAGGGGACUAAAACUGUAAGUGAACUUUUAUUGUGCAGGUACUAAAGGAACAAGAGACGUUGGGCAACUUGGAGAUAUUCCCAACCUGGAGGUAUCUAUUCACGCUCUUCCCAUGAUGUC